AUUCGUCAGUCGCGCGUAAAGUUGUGUUGACAGGAGCGGCAGCAGGAGUUGUCAGCGGAGCAGUAGCAAGCUUCAUCGAAUGGAGUAAUCACAAAGCUAACAUCAAACAGGCGUCUCUUUUUAAAUUCAGAAGCGCUGUUUAACCCAUUUAGACCACGACCAUGGCAGAUGACCAGUCCUCUCAGCCCUGGUCCAUCGACAAGGAUGACUAUGAACUCAAUGAGGUGAUAGGAAGUGGAGCCACUGCAGUUGUCCAGGCAGCUUACUGCAAGCCGAGAAAGGAGAAGGUGGCCAUCAAACGAAUCAACCUGGAAAAGUGUCAGACUAGCAUGGAUGAGCUUCUGAAAGAGAUUCAGGCUAUGAGCCAGUGCCACCAUCCAAACAUUGUGUCUUAUUAUACCUCCUUUGUGGUGAAGGAUGAGCUGUGGCUGGUGAUGAAGCUGCUCAGUGGUGGCUCGGUGCUGGACAUCAUCAAGCACAUCAUCUCUCGCGGUGAGCAUAAGACCGGUGUGUUGGAUGAGGCCUGCAUUGCCACCAUUCUGAAAGAAGUCUUGGAGGGGCUCGAGUACCUCCACAAAAACGGGCAGAUUCAUCGUGAUCUAAAGGCUGGAAAUAUUCUUCUCGGGGAUGAUGGCUCUGUGCAGAUAGCUGGUAAAGUGUUUCUGCUUUGUCUGCAUUUACUGUGGUUUGUGGCACUUGAGGCAGUUUUCCAUCAUCUCCUAUUUGUUGUGUUUCAUGCACUCAAAACACCAGACUUUGGUGUGAGUGCCUUUCUAGCAACAGGUGGAGACAUGACGAGGAACAAGGUUCGGAAGACGUUUGUGGGGACGCCGUGCUGGAUGGCCCCAGAAGUCAUGGAGCAGGUCCGUGGCUAUGACUUCAAAGCUGACAUCUGGAGUUUUGGGAUAACUGCUAUUGAACUGGCCACUGGGGCAGCACCAUAUCACAAAUACCCACCGAUGAAGGUGUUGAUGCUGACCUUGCAAAACGACCCUCCCUGCCUGGAGACGGGUAUUACAGAUAAGGAAAUGGUGAAGAAGUACGGAAAAUCGUUCAGGAAGAUGCUGUGUCUGUGUUUACAGAAAGAUCCUGAAAAAAGGCCAACUGCUGCAGAGUUGCUGAAGCACAAAUUCUUCACAAAAGCCAAGAACAAUGAGUUCCUACAUGAGAAGCUCCUGUAUAAGGGUCCAACAAUAACAGAGCGAUCUAAAAAGGUGCGUCGUGUGCCUGGCUCAAGCGGCCGUCUCCACAAAACGGAGGAUGGUGGCUGGGAGUGGAGCGAUGACGAGCUGGAUGAGGAGAGCGAGGAGGGCAAAGCUGCUGUAGCAGCUCUGCGGUCUCCAAGAGUGAAGGACGGGCCCCAGAAUAUGGAGCUUUUCCCACCAGCAGAUGGCUCCAGUGCACAUCUGCAGCCACCUGGCGUGGCACAUGAGAGAUCUGCAGAUGCAGGUGCAACAGGAGAAGAAGUGGCACCACAGGCUCCGGCUCAGACAGCGAGCCCUUCACACGGGCCUGCUGUUCAGGAUCCAGCUGCCUCAUCCAACGUUCCCAUCAGUCUCGUCCUGAGAUUGAGGAAUUCCAAGAAGGAGCUCAAUGACAUCAGAUUUGAGUUCAUGCCUGGCAGAGACUCUGCUGAUGGAGUUUCUCAGGAGUUGGUCUCAGCUGGUCUGGUUGAUGGAAGGGACUUAGUCAUCGUUGCUGCCAAUUUGCAAAAGAUUGUUGACGAUCCACACAGUAACAAAAAUGUGACCUUUAAACUGGCGUCUGGAGUGGAAGAGUCUGAAAUUCCCGAUGAUAUUAAACUCAUUGGAUUUGCGCAGCUCAGUAUCAGUUAAGUCCAACCAGAGGCAGAUACAAAGGACAGAAAUAAAUGGUAUGGCACAGCUGCAUUGUAGUCAAUUCCAAAAACCACUUCUGCCAAAGGGAGGAGGAGGAGGAGGAAAUGAUGAAGAGAAGGAGGCAUAAGCCUGGUAGGAGUGUAACACUACUGCAGCAUGCACGAGGACCACAUUGAGGGGGUUCAGUUCAUCACAGGAGUCACUCUUGAAAAGUUUACAGUGCGCUUAUACGAGGGGGAAGAGAUGCAAUCAGAUAUCAGUUCCUAUUUUCUUUCGGUUUCCAUUCUUUGUCUUCAUACACAAGCACAAUCCAAGCCGUCUCCUGCCAGUACUGGAAACGAUUGCCUUUUAUUGUUUUAUUAAAAAAAAAAGCGAACAAUUAACUGUGCCACAAAACUCUGAAGUGUCGUGCCACCUUUGUGUGGCACUUUAUGAUACAUUGAAAUUAAAAAGCAAGUUCAGCCUUAGUUACUUUAGACUUUACCAGUGUGACUGGUGGUAGUUUGUGUACUCUGUGUAUUUCACAUGUACGCCUAAGAAAACCCCUGUAAUAUCGAUACAGAUAUGUCGUAGCAUAGGUUUUUUGUUUUUUAUGAAAGUCCAUAAAUUUUGAUGAACUUUUACCUAUUAUGUCAAAAAGGAUCCAGCCCGAGGCAGUGUGAUCAGUUCUCUUCUCCGCAGCAUCUGUGGUGGUUUUGUCAAAACAUAACCAAGGAUUUUAAGCUCUAACUGCACUGCUUAAAUCAACUGUAGCCCCUCUGUCCCACACCAACACUCACAGUGCCACACUCGGUCAGUUGGCAUUUAUCCCAAGGUAUUAAAGACACAUUAUUUUCACAGGUUGAGGGAAUGCCUGAUAUUCUUGUACUAUGCAAUAGCUGUUUUCUUUUCACGGUAUGUGGUCACUGGUUACUAAUCAUUUCAUUUCUGUUGGAUACAUUUUCUUUCUUUUUUUUUGUACCUCAUAAGGAGUUCAUAACGAGUCAACCAGCCAAACUGACAUCGCUAAAAGCCCAUUGUAAGAUUUAACAUUCAUAUCCACAAACACGGGUAAUGACUGCUUCUUUUUUUUUUUUUAUUCCCCUUUAAGUUGUCAUCGAAUCUCACAAUAGCUGAUUUAACAGCUUUUUCAAUUCCCAGAUGCUGGAGUGCUGAUGAACUUCUGUAAAGGUGCGCAUACUCAUAUGAAGCUUAGAAGGGGAAGACAGCUAGCCAUGCAGAUAGCUAUUGGCUUAUUUGCCUCCACCCCAGUACAGUGGAGAUGAAUGGGAUUCUGCUUUCAAGCACUGAUUGAUGGCAUUGCUGCUUCAUCAGUGGCUGGCAUGAAAUUUACUACAUGUAUAUACUUAUAUAUUCUGUACACACUCGUGGUCCUCAAAGUUUUUAUUUUCUUGGUCAAAUGUUUUGGCAUCAACUCGAUUGGCACGAGAGUUUACAAAGCAGCUGCUUGGCAUUCUUGUUUUGUCACUAAAUUUGGCACAGGUAUUAAGGACUCCUUGUCCGCUUUGCUCCCAGUCUUUUCCUCUUGUUUCACUAUCUGGUCCAAAUUUCAGUUUGUCUGGUACUUAAUGUUUUAACACGAACGCUCAUCGCAAACAUACUGAGAAGGUGAGCAUGGUCGAUACACUUGUUAAAAACAUGUUAGAAUGUGCGGUAAAGGUGUCACCAUAAUACUGGUAAUGACGAUGUUAAAAAUGUUUUAAUAAUACACACUUGUGAUGUAAAUAAUUGCAGCUUUGCUCAGUUAUUUUGCAGAUUCUUUCUACUUCCCUACACUCGUAUUUUGAGUCUUACUCAUUUGCCAAAACACAAUAAAUCAAUGACAGCAUUAUCUUGGUUUGUUUUUGUUUUGAUUUUUUUCCCCCACAAAUUUCUUUAAAGCUAGCAACCUUUUAAAAAUCAUUGGACACUUUUGUCGUCACUGGGCAGGUUGUUUCAGUGCUGUAGUGUCUUUGCUUUAUGAACACCAAGUCACUCAUCACUCCCAGUGUAGCUCUGUGGUGGUUUUGUACCAUGUGCAGAGGGCUGACACAGCUCUUAGUUCAAGGACUGAUGUAAAUGGUGUAUGUUAACAUGUUGUAACUGUACAUAUGAUGGCAACUCCACGCACUGUUGCACAAACAUGAGGUUUGUAUGUAAUGAUGUCGUUGCAUUGACUGUUGAAGUGUACAUGUCAGAUUAAAGGAACAUAUUACUUGUAAAUAUUGAUUAAAGGCAAACAGAUUGAGACUCAUCAUGUUCAGCACGCAGAAUUCAGUUUGUUUUGUAGUGUUUUCCACUGUUGGCCUUUGCCGGAGCAUCACUAAUCAUGUGUGGAUUAUUCAGUUGGUUCAUAUGUUAACAUGCAGAUUUCUUUUAAUUACAUUGGGCUUGAAGUCACACUCUGCUUUGAUGUCAUGAUAUGUAGUGUUUCCUCACGGAAGCCAGUUACAGGCUGAUCGAUAAUUUUAACUAGACGAUGAGUGGCACAGGUUACCCUACCCUCUGUGUGUGUGUGUGAUUUGGUCAUUAAAUGGUUGCUUAUCAAAGACUUUCUAAACAUCUUCCUUAUUGUUUACUUUUAAAAAGUCAUUCUGCCUCUUAUGAGGGCACUCAGUGAUUAGUAUUAUUUUUAAUCAAUUGAUUGGCAAGUAUGUAUGAACUUUGUUUUACAGAUCAGUACCUAUAUUUUUAAAAAAAUAUAUACGCUUAAUCAUAAAAUGUGUAUAUCCACCCAUGCUUAGUUUGAAGAGUAUUUGUGAUGAGAGCAAUGGUGAUUUACCAGUUUGAUACAUUGUCAGUAAAUUUCAGCACAUGCAAGCUGAUUGUUUUUUGUUUUUUUUAAUUUUAGUUGUUGAAUAAAGUUACAUGAUGGUA